AACGUUCCUUUUCAGUGUCCUCUCACUUUCUUUCGACGAAGGAACCUUCACUCCCUUUUCGAUUUUUGAUCGCUGCUUCGAAGAACCAAUCAAAACCCUAGAAGACGACGAAGAAGACGACGACGACUCCUUCUCCUCCUCCAUCAUAACUCUCGAAUCUCCGGAUCGCGAAAACCAGCGCUUAACCGAAGCGAUGAAACCGGUUCAAUCCGCUCCGGUUAAGAGCCGUCCCCGCCGCCGCCCAGACCUCUCCUUACCUCUCCCUCAGCGCGACGUCUCCCUCGCCGUCCCUCUCCCCCUCCCACCGACAUCCUCCGGCUCCUCCUCCUCCGCUCCUUCCUCCGCCGGAUCCUCCGCUCCGAAAAACUACUCAGAUCUAGAGCGUGGGAACCGGAUCGGGAGCGGAGCAGGCGGGACGGUGUACAAAGUGACACACCGUCCCACCUCCCGCGAGUACGCGCUCAAGGUGAUCUACGGAAACCACGAGGAGAACGUCCGCCGCCAGAUCUGCCGAGAGAUCGAGAUCCUCCGAGACGUGAACCACCAGAACAUCGUCAAGUGCCACGAGAUGUUCGACCAGAACGGCGAGAUCCAGGUCCUCCUCGAGUUCAUGGACGGAGGUUCUUUAGAGAACCGCCACGUGUCGAACGAGCGUGACUUGGCUCACCUCUCUCACCAGAUCUUGAACGGCCUAGCGUAUCUCCACGGCCGCCAUAUAGUCCAUAGAGAUAUUAAGCCCUCGAAUCUGCUCAUCAACUCGGAUAAAAUAGUCAAGAUUGCUGACUUCGGAGUGAGUAGGAUCCUGGCGCAGACCAUGGAUCCGUGCAACUCCUCCGUUGGCACGAUUGCGUACAUGAGUCCUGAGAGGAUUAAUACUGAUUUGAACCAAGGGAGGUACGACGGUUACGCUGGGGAUAUCUGGAGCUUAGGUGUUAGCAUUCUUGAGUUUUACCUUGGGAGGUUUCCUUUCAAUGUGAGUAGGCAGGGGGACUGGGCGAGUCUUAUGUGUGCUAUCUGUAUGUCGCAGCCGCCGGAGGCUCCGGCGACUGCGUCUCCGGAUUUUCGGAAUUUUAUCUCGUGCUGCUUGCGGAGGGAGCCGGCGAGGAGGAUGACUGCGACUCAGCUUUUGCAGCAUCCGUUCAUACGGAGGGCUGUGAGUCAGGGGCAGAACAGGUCUCCGCAGAAUCUGCAUCAGCUCUUACCUCCUCCUCCUCCUCGUACUCUGUCUUCGUCUUCUUCCUCCCCAACGACGUAGCGUUCGUCAACUGGUUGUUGCCUUGUUGGUCAGUGUCUUUGUACUUUUGAGUUCUUGGUUUACUUUGUUCUUGAAUGUUGUCCAAUUUUUGCGUAAGCUUUGCGUAACUUUUAUCAAGAAGGGCAAUGACUUUUGCUUUGUAUCCCAAACUGUAGCUUUUGUUGAAUUCUCAUAAAGGUUUUAUGUCUUUUCUUUGUU